AUGACUGAACCUUAUUACGAAGCAUUGCCGACCAAUUUGAAACCAAUUCAUUAUGAUUUAUCAAUUUUUGAUAUAAAUUUAAAUGAUGAUACUUUCAAAGGUAAGGUUACCAUUGAAUUAGAUGUUGUUAAACCUACCGGUGAAUUAUGGUUAAAUUAUAGAGAUUUGAAAAUUUCAAAAGUUGAAAUUAAAGAUGGUCAGGAUGGAAAAGAAGAAGUUUCUAAUGAUAUUAAAGUUGAUUCAAUUGAAGAAAAUAGAGCUAAAGAGUAUUUUAUAGUCAAAUUUGCUACCGUGGCCCAAGGUAAAUUAUUUGCUUCAAUUGAAUAUGAUGCUAUACUUCAAAGUAAUAUGGCGGGUUUUUUUAAAUCAAGUUAUUUAGAAGAUGGCGCUACCAAAUACAUGUUGGCAACUCAAUUUGAAGCUACUGAUGCAAGAAGAGCUUUCCCUUGUUUAGAUGAACCAGCACUAAAGGCAACUUUCAAACUCGAUGUUACACGUGAAGGGACAGUCUUGGGUAAUAUGCCUGUUGAAUCAGUCAAAGGAGACACCAAAUACUUUGAAAAAACUCCAAUUAUGUCAACAUAUUUGUUAGUGUGGGUUUGCGGUGAAUUUGAAUACAUUGAAUCAUUCACAGAAAAUAACUAUAUCAAUGGUAAACCAUUACCGAUUAGAGUUUAUGCUACAAAAGAUCAUAUUAAGGAUGCAGAGUUUGCUAGUGAGAUUGCACCAAAAGUUGUUGAUCUUUUUUCAAAAAUUUUUGAAGUCAAGUACCCCUUACCUAAACUCGAUUUGAUAGAAAUUUCAAGAUUCCCCAACAACGCUAUGGAGGGUUUUGGCGCAAUAACGUUCAGAGCAUCUGCAUUAUUGUACUCAGAAUCAAAAUCUGAUCCAUCAUUUAUGAAAAAGGUCGCAUAUGUAAUUUCUCAUGAGAUAGGCCACCAAUUUUUUGGCGAUUAUGUGACUAUGCAAUGGUGGAGCGAAUUGUGGCUAAAUGAAGGGUUUGCUACUUGGAUUGGUGUCUAUGCUUUGGAAUAUUUAAAACCUGAGUGGGAAAACUUCACCUCAUUUGUUUUUGAAUUUUUUGGUCAAGCCUUAAAUUUAGAUGGAUUAAGAAACUCGCACCCGAUCGAAGUUCCAGUUGUUGAUGCGUUAGAUAUUGAUCUGAUUUUUGAUGCCAUUAGUUACUUGAAAGGUGCUUCUGUAAUUUCAAUGCUUUCAAAAUAUAUAGGUGAAGAAACAUUUUUGAGAGGCGUUGCAAAAUAUUUAAAAGAACAUCAAUACUCAAAUGCUACAACUCAUGAUUUAUGGAAUGCUAUUGGUGAUGUUUCUGGUAAACCAGUUGAUCAAUUGAUGUAUUCAUGGAUUAAGAAAGUUGGAUUUCCAAUUGUUAAUGUUAGAACGAUUGUCGAUGAUACCACGAAUAAAAAAUCCUUAGUACUUAGUCAAUCAAGAUUCUUAAAUGGUGGUGAUGCUACUCCGGAAGAAAAUGAAACCAAAUGGUGGAUUCCAUUAAAUGCUGAUUCCGAUAAACCAAUUGUUGAUUCAUUUGAUAGUGAAACAUUAGUGAUUGACGAUUUCGAAGGUUAUAUUAAAUUAAACAAAGAUACAUCUGGUUUUUAUCGUGUUAAUUAUUCAGACGAUUUACUUGAAAAUAUAUUAUCAAAUUUUGAAAGAUUAUCAGCAUCUGAUUUGAUUGGUUUAAUAGCUGACUCAGCAUCAAUUGCAUGUGCUGGAGAUAAUUCAACUGAUACAUUUUUAAAAUUAGUUCAAGAUAUUGUACACAAAUUGAAUGACGACUAUGUUGUUUGGGCUGAAUUGGGUUCAAGAUUAGAGGAUUUAUCAAUUGCAUUUGGAGAAGGAAUACCACAAAUUAGAGACUUUAUUAGAUCUGUUUAUGAAUCAAAAUCAGUUGAAUUAAUUGAAGAGUUAAAACAAGGAGUUGAUACUUCAAAUUUCCUUAAAACUAAAUUAAGAUCAGAAAUUUUAACAAAAGCAGGUACUUUAUCAGUUGAACCAGUUUAUGAAUAUGCAUUGGAAUUAUUUAACUCCGAAAUCCAACCGUCAUUAAGAGCAUUUGUUUAUUCAACAAUUGCAUCUUCAAAAAAUUUCAAUAAUGAACAAUUUGAAAAAAUAUUAAAAGAAGUUACAUCUCCAUCUACUAUAGAUUCAAGAGAAAUUGCAUUGAAUGCCUUAGGUUGUGUUUCAAAUGUUGAAUUUGGUAAUGAGUUAUUUAAAAUGUUGUUAGAUCCAGAAAUUAUCCCAAUCAUGGAUUCACAUUUCUUGGGAUUAAAUUUAUCAAAGAAUCCAGUUACAAAGAAUGCAUUUUUAGACUUUUUCCUUGAUAAUUAUGAUAGUUUCCAUAAAGUCAUGUCAACAAAUAUGGUUGUUUUUGAUAGAUUUAUUAAAUUAACGUUGAAGAAUUUUUCAAGUAUUGAUAAAUUCAAUAAAAUUAAUGAUUUUUUCAAAACUAGAGAUAUUCAUGGGUUUGAUAGAAGUUUAAAUCAAGCAUUGGAUAAGAUAAAAAUCAACCAUAAUUGGUUUGAAAGGGAUCAUAAAUUGGUUUUAGAAUAUUUUAAUAAAUAA